GUUGCCAAGUUAGUGGAGGAGAACGAUUUGAAAAAUGAUAAACAAGUUGCUUGUGCUUCUGGCAAUUGUGGGCUGUGUUCAUGGACAACUCUUUAAGCCAAAAUGCCCACCACGUGGAUGUGGCCUAGUCUGUGAUCAGCAAUACUGUGCAGAGGGCACCACGCAUGUGGGUUGCAUCAAGAAAAUCGUAUUUUCGAAACAUUGUGGCUUGGGAGUGCAUCGUUAUGUGCAUGUUGAUGGCUCGCUGAGGGAAGACAUACUCCAGUAUGUGAAUGUCUUUCGCAAUCGUGUGGCAAGCGGCUUGUUCAACAUGUCAGCAGCGGCACACAUGCCCACCAUGGCCUGGGAUGAGGAUCUGGCCAGUUCGUCCAAAGUCUUGGUUCACAAUUGCGAUCAUAAGGGCAAACUCUGCUCGAAUACGGAGAAAUACAAUUUUGUAGCAACGAUUGAGCUGUCGGGCUCUUUGAAGAAUUACCAGAAUGUGGCCAAGGAUUUAAUUGACGUCUUAGUGCCCACAUGGCUUGGUGAUUUGUCCGGUUGUCGCAUGGAUCGCGAACAUCACAUACGUCCCAGAACCAAAGGCGCCUGUGUAGGACAUUAUAUUCCCUUGCUGCAAGACAGAGGGGAUCGCAUGGGUUGCGCGGUGCGUUUAACUGAGAAUCUGAAUCCCAAAGGUGUCUCGUCGGUGACCAUGAUCUGUAAUUUAUCCCGUGCUAAUGUUAAUGAUAUGCUACCCUAUGAUGUGGGUCUGGUGCCUGGGGAGGAUUGCGCAGCUGGCCGAAGUAGUGUAUAUGAAUUCCUCUGCGAUCCCGAAGAGCAAGUCGAUAACAAUUACGUGGAAGCCAUCAGUGAAGCCGAGGGAUGUCAACCAAGUGAGAAAUAAACGAUUGUUACAAAAUAAAUAAACCCAGUUUAUUAUGACUCGUA